AUGCAUGAAGCUGCCGCCAGCUCCGGCCUCACCCUGGCGUCCUCUGCCGCCGAGGGACGCGGCAAGAAAGGCUGCACUAUCCGGCCCCUGCGGCAAGACGAGUUCGAAUUUGGGACAGACGAUCAAGUCGCGCCUGCGGGGUUCGCAAGUGCCGAGGAGCUCAGUAAAAAGGCACAAAAGGAGCGCUGGGUUGGAAUGAGGGUCGACAUGUGGAACGACGAGAGUGUUGAUUUGAAAGGGCUGAGACAGGGCAUGCUGGUCAAGGUGCGGUAUUGGUGGAGCGAGGAAGAUGGACAAUGGACUCAGACCCUGCAUGACCUUUUGUACAUUGGACAGCUUGACGGCACGGAGGGCUCCGAGGGUGACCGCAUUGACUGA